UUUAAUUUAUUAAUUUCAUUUCUUUUCGCCCUGAAUCUUUCUUGUUGUUCCCGUCCCUCGUCCCGGCACGGUCGCUCCCAAAUGGAAGCUUCCACAUGGCUACUCGGCUCCACCGCUGCUUUCCACCGGCAACUCCGGACAAUCGCCCUCCCAGCUCUCUCGAUUCCCCUUUCAAACCCUAACCACCCUCGAUUUCCGCUCGUCUCUAGCUCUCCGAUUCCUUCCAUCGCCAUUCCUCGUUGCUCCCGCCCCGCCUUCCAAUGCGCAGUUGACGGACCCUUUGGUUCGCGGCCACCAUUUUCUUCCCUUUCCUUUUCCUGUCUCUUCGGUUCUAUACACUCCAAAGAUCGGGCCGUUGUCUCCGGUCCAGGUUACAAGGAAGGUUCCUUCCGCUGGGAAAAUGACCAGAAAAUCACGGAAGGAGGAGAUCCAGGGUUUGCUAAUGAAAAGGGGGCAAUUUGGACUGUUGUUCUGCUUGGCUGGCUAGGAGCGGAGCUAAAGCAUCUGAACAAGUACGCGAUGCUUUACAGCUCACUGGGCAUCAGGCCGGUGAGGUUCGUCGUACCGGUCAAGGAGCUGUUGGGGUUCGAUUUGGGUCGAAGAGUGGAGGAGAAGAUUGCCUGCUUCACGCAAGAGCUGGUUUCCUGGUGCUCCGAGACAGAGAAGGACGGCAGGGAACGGUGUCUUCUUUUUCACUCCUUCAGCAAUACGGGUUGGCUAACUUACGGUAGCAUACUUGAGAAUUUACAAAACCGACCUGAUAUAGUUCAGAAAAUUAAAGGAUGCAUUGUUGACUCAGGAGCUGCCCCAGAGAUAAGUCCGCAGAUAUGGGCUGCAGGAUUUUCUGCUGCAUUAUUGAAAAAGCGUAGCUCUUUGGUUUAUUCUUCUACCAAUGGUGAAGUAACUAAUAUGGAUGUAACUAUCAGUGGAUUGGAGCAUAAGGACAAUAACUUUUCUUUCAAGGAAACUUUUCUCUUAUCACUUCUAGAGAAGUUCUUCAUUGUAGUUCUAAUGCUGCCUGAUGUGAACCUGAGGUUGAAAAAAAUCAUCUCCAUACUGACAAACAAACAGCCAUCCUGUCCUCAGCUAUAUCUUUAUAGUUCAGCUGACAAGGUAAUUCCAUCGAAAUCAGUGGAAAACUUUAUCCAGGCUCAGAAGUCAUUGGGAAGAAUCGUACAUGCAUAUGACUUUUGUUUAUCUCCACAUGUAGACCAUCUAAGGAAUUAUCCACAAUUAUAUUCUACCAAAAUUAAUGAGUUUCUCAGAGAGUGUUACUCUGCAGUAGUCUGAACUAGUUACAAGAUAUUACAUAUGUACUUGACUGUCCAGCAGCUCAAGUAACACAAACUUUGCAGAGGUAGUCUUAAAUCUAAUGUGAUUGUUUUUUUGGUUCGUCAAGUGCCAUCUUCGUACAUAAAACUUAUAUGCUACGACCUUUUAUUUUGCAGUGUAUUUUCAGCUCUGAACCCCGUUAGCAAUUCCAAGAAUAAAUGCCCUUGCACAUUUGAGUGCAUGUUCAUUGAUAACUUGUUCAAAAUGCAAGUAUAAUUCAUUUCUGCCUGUUUAUUCCCCGCCAAUUUUGGUGGCUGGCAAUUUGAAUUUUCAAUUACGAAUUGAACAAAAAUGAUAUUGCUCUUGUAGCUUUCUGUUUCAUUUUUCUGGAACACUUGUUUGUUUUUCCUAUUCAUGUUUCAUGUCUAGCAAAAUUUGUAAGAAACUAUGGCCAGUGAACCCAGGUCCAAGCUUGCAGCCGAAGUAUCUCGUCUUGCAAUUCACAAUAUGUCAGGCAUAUCUCAUGUCUUGCAGGCUGCAACUGGCGGACUUGGGAUCUGCUUAAUUCGCACUGAAAUUGUUGUAUCCGUUA